AUGGAUUUCAACAACUCAAAAACCAACUCUCCUUCUUCUUCUUCUAAAAACAAAAGAAAGCAACAGCAACCUCAGCAGCAGCAGCAACAAGAGAUAAGAUUCUUGGGAGUAAGGAGGAGGCCAUGGGGCAGAUAUGCAGCGGAGAUAAGAGACCCUUCCACAAAAGAAAGGCAUUGGCUAGGCACGUUCGACAAUGCCGAGGAAGCUGCCUUAGCCUACGACCGUGCCGCUCGCUCCAUGCGUGGCUCCAAGGUUCGAACAAACUUCGUUUAUUCCGACAUGCCAGUUGGCUCAUCGGUCACCUCCAUCAUUUCCCCCGACGAAACACAGCAUAACAUGUCGUCGAUUUUCCCUAUUAAUCCACCUUUUCACCAACAAAUGGACAGUAACCAGAACCAGCUUUUCUUCAAUCAAGACCCUUUCAAUGCCUGCCACUUCUAUGAAUGA